AAAAAAAAAAAAGGCAUCCAAGGCAGUGGGACAUCUGGCUUCUGAAUGGGAACCUUUAUAGCACCAGCGACCAAAGAGAGAAUUAAAUAUGGGUGAUGUUGAAAAAGGCAAGAGAAUUUUUGUUCAGAAGUGUGCCCAGUUCCACACUGUUGAAAAGGGAGGCAAACAGGUGGCUGGGUCAAAUCUCCAUGGUCUCUUUGUGGGGAAGACAGAUCAGACCAUUGGAUUCUCUUAUACAGAGGCCCAUAAGAACAAAAGCAUCUCCUGGGGAGAGGAUACACUCAUGGAGUAUUUGGAGAAUCCCAAGAAGCACAUCCCCGGAACAAAAAUGAUCUUUGCAGACAUGAAGAACAAGGCAGAAAGGGCAGCCUUGAUAGCUCAUCUCAAAAAAAGCUACCAAUGAAUAAUAACAGGUCACUGUGUUAUUUGUUACAAAACAGAAAUGUUUCAUGACUUCUUAAUCUGUACCAUAACUUAACAGAUCUCA